CUACUGCUCGCUCAGGCUGCCGCCGCCGCCGCCGCCAGCACCACCACAGCUCUCCUCAGCUGCGGGGCCACAGCUUUGAGUGUCAUUCAAGGGACAGCACAACCUCACCCAAGCUCUCCUACCUCUGCCCUGCCGUCCCUGUCAUCCUCCCCCUUCCUCGUCCAUACUCCAUCCAAAGAAGAGGGAAAGCACCGAACUGAGGGGGGAGGAAGGCAAAGUCUGCUCUUCUCACCUCUUGCCCCCCUGGCUCCUCCAUCCUCGUUCUCUCACCACCCUACCCCAAAGGAACCCCUCAGGAGCUGAGGAGACUCGCCCCACUGCCAUGUCCAAAAGCUUGAAAAAGAAAAGCCACUGGACUAGCAAAGUCCAUGAGAGUGUCAUUGGCAGGAACCCGGAGGGCCAGCUGGGCUUUGAACUGAAGGGGGGCGCCGAGAACGGACAGUUCCCCUACCUGGGGGAGGUGAAGCCCGGCAAGGUGGCCUAUGAGAGCGGCAGCAAGUUGGUGUCGGAGGAACUGCUGCUGGAAGUGAACGAGACCCCCGUGGCGGGGCUCACCAUCAGAGACGUGCUGGCCGUCAUCAAACACUGCAAGGACCCCCUCCGGCUCAAGUGUGUCAAGCAAGGAGGAAUUGUUGAUAAGGAUCUUCGUCACUACCUCAACUUACGAUUUCAGAAGGGUUCUGUGGACCACGAACUGCAGCAAAUCAUUCGUGACAACCUCUACCUCCGCACGGUGCCAUGCACCACAAGGCCACAUAAGGAGGGUGAGGUCCCUGGAGUGGACUAUAUUUUCAUCACUGUUGAAGAUUUUAUGGAAUUGGAGAAAAGUGGUGCUCUUUUAGAAAGUGGGACUUAUGAAGACAAUUACUACGGUACCCCAAAGCCUCCAGCAGAACCAGCACCAUUAUUAUUAAAUGUAACAGACCAGAUACUUCCCGGAGCCACUCCAAGCGCUGAAGGAAAACGAAAGAGGAAUAAAUCAGUGAGCAACAUGGAGAAAGCAAGUAUAGAGCCUCCUGAGGAGGAAGAGGAGGAGAGGCCUGUGGUCAACGGAAACGGAGUAGUAGUAACACCAGAAUCCAGUGAACAUGAAGCCAAGAGUGCAGGUGCCUCAGGGGAGACACCCUCCCAGCCUUAUCCUGCACCAGUAUAUAGUCAGCCUGAGGAGCCAAAGGAGCAGAUGGAGGAUGCAAAACCAACGAAACCUGAAGAGAGUGAGGAAUCAGACCCAUUGCCUGAUAACUGGGAAAUGGCCUACACAGAGAAGGGUGAAGUCUACUUCAUUGACCAUAACACAAAGACAACAUCAUGGCUGGAUCCACGACUUGCGAAAAAGGCUAAACCUCCAGAAGAGUGCAAAGAAAAUGAGCUUCCAUAUGGCUGGGAAAAAAUCGAUGAUCCCAUAUAUGGCACUUAUUAUGUUGACCACAUAAAUAGAAGAACACAGUUUGAAAACCCUGUCCUGGAAGCAAAAAGGAAGCUACAGCAGCAUAACAUGCCCCACACAGAACUUGGAACAAAGCCCCUGCAGGCCCCAGGUUUCCGAGUAGACAGCUCGUCAUCGACAGUACCUAGGCCCACACCCGCCCGCCCCCACGCUGCCCGGGAGAGGUCGCGCAGCGUGAGUGACUUGUCCCACUCUGGGCGCCACCUCGUCAGGAGGCCCUGGCACAUCGAAAAACCACUGUUCACCCGGGAUGCAUCCCAGUUGAAGGGAACAUUCCUCAGCACCACACUAAAAAAGAGCAACAUGGGGUUUGGAUUUACCAUCAUCGGUGGAGAUGAGCCUGACGAGUUUCUGCAGGUGAAAAGUGUGAUUCCCGAAGGGCCUGCUGCACAGGAUGGGAAAAUGGAAACAGGUGAUGUCAUUGUCUAUAUUAAUGAAGUUUGUGUCCUUGGACACACUCAUGCUGAUGUAGUCAAACUUUUCCAGUCUGUUCCUAUUGGUCAGAGUGUCAACCUGGUAUUGUGUCGUGGCUACCCUUUGCCCUUUGAUCCUGAAGAUCCUGCCAACAGCAUGGUGCCACCCCUUGCAAUAAUGGAGAGGCCACCUCCAGUGAUGGUCAAUGGAAGACAUAACUAUGAAACAUAUUUGGAAUACAUUUCUCGGACCUCACAGUCAGUUCCAGAUAUAACAGAUCGGCCGCCUCAUUCUUUGCACUCAAUGCCAGCUGAUGGUCAGCUAGAUGGCACGUAUCCACCACCUGUCCAUGACGACAAUGUAUCUAUGGCUUCAUCUGGGGCCACCCAAGCUGAACUUAUGACCUUAACCAUUGUGAAAGGUGCCCAGGGCUUUGGCUUCACCAUUGCCGACAGUCCUACAGGACAGAGGGUGAAACAAAUACUUGACAUUCAGGGAUGCCCUGGCCUGUGUGAAGGCGACCUCAUUGUUGAGAUCAAUCAGCAGAAUGUACAGAACCUGAGCCAUACGGAAGUCGUGGAUAUACUUAAGGACUGUCCCAUUGGAAGCGAAACUUCUUUGAUUAUCCAUCGAGGAGGUUUCUUUUCUCCAUGGAAAACUCCAAAGCCUAUAAUGGAUCGAUGGGAGAAUCAAGGCAGUCCUCAGACGAGUUUAUCUGCUCCGGCCAUACCGCAGAACCUGCCCUUCCCACCUGCCCUUCACAGGAGUUCCUUUCCGGACUCAACAGAGGCCUUUGACCCAAGGAAGCCUGACCCAUAUGAGCUCUACGAGAAAUCUAGAGCCAUUUAUGAAAGUAGGCAACAAGUGCCACCAAGGACCAGUUUUCGAAUGGAUUCCUCUGGUCCAGAUUAUAAGGAGCUGGAUGUUCACCUUCGCAGGAUGGAGUCUGGAUUCGGCUUCAGAAUCCUUGGGGGAGAUGAGCCUGGACAGCCUAUUUUGAUUGGAGCUGUCAUCGCCAUGGGCUCAGCUGACAGAGAUGGCCGCCUCCACCCGGGGGACGAGCUCGUCUAUGUGGAUGGGAUUCCGGUGGCUGGCAAGACCCACCGCUAUGUCAUCGACCUCAUGCACCAUGCGGCCCGGAAUGGGCAGGUCAACCUCACUGUGAGAAGAAAGGUGCUAUGUGGAGGGGAGCCCUGCCCAGAGAACGGGAGGAGUCCAGGCUCUGUAUCAACCCACCACAGCUCUCCUCGCAGUGACUACGCGGCCUACACCAACACCUACGCCAACAGCAACCACGCCGCCCCCAGUAGCAACGCCUCUCCGCCCGAAGGCUUCGCCUCACACAGCCUGCAGACCAGCGAUGUGGUCAUUCACCGCAAAGAGAAUGAAGGCUUCGGCUUUGUCAUCAUCAGCUCCCUGAACAGGCCUGAGUCUGGAUCCACCAUAACUGUGCCCCAUAAAAUCGGACGCAUCAUCGAUGGGAGUCCCGCAGAUCGCUGUGCAAAACUAAAAGUGGGAGACCGAAUCCUAGCAGUGAACGGCCAGUCAAUCAUCAACAUGCCUCACGCAGACAUCGUGAAGCUCAUCAAGGACGCAGGUCUUAGUGUCACCCUUCGCAUCAUCCCCCAGGAGGAGCUCAACAGCCCAGCCUCGGCACCCAGCUCAGAGAAGCAGAGCCCCAUGGCCCAGCAGCACAGCCCCUUGGCCCAACAGAGUCCUCUGGCCCAGCCCAGCCCGGCCACCCCCAACAGUCCUAUCGCCCAGCCAGCUCCUCCUCAGCCACUUCAGCUACAAGGACACGAAAAUAGUUACAGGUCAGAAGUAAAAGCAAGGCAAGAUGUGAAACCAGACAUCCGACAGCCUCCGUUCACGGACUACAGGCAGCCCCCACUGGACUACAGGCAGCCCCCAGGAGGGGACUACCCGCAACCCCCGUCCUUGGACUACAGGCAGCCUCCCCUGCUGGACUACAGGCAGCACUCCCCCGACACCAGGCAGUUCCCUCUGUCAGACUACAGGCAGCCCCAGGAUUUUGAUUAUUUCACUGUGGACAUGGAGAAAGGAGCCAAAGGAUUUGGAUUCAGCAUUCGGGGAGGAAGGGAAUACAAAAUGGAUUUGUACGUGUUGAGACUGGCAGAAGAUGGGCCAGCAAUAAGGAAUGGAAGAAUGAGGGUAGGAGAUCAGAUCAUUGAAAUCAAUGGGGAGAGCACAAGAGACAUGACACACGCCAGAGCGAUAGAGCUCAUCAAAUCGGGAGGAAGGAGAGUGAGGCUGUUGCUGAAGCGCGGGACGGGGCAGGUCCCAGAGUAUGGAAUGGUACCUUCCAGUCUCUCCAUGUGCAUGAAAAGUGACAAGCAUGGGUCCCCAUAUUUCUACUUAUUGGGCCACCCUAAAGACACGACGAACCCAGCUCCUGGAGUUCUCCCGCUGCCGCCUCCCCAGGUCUGCCGGAAAUAGGCGUCUCCCUGGAGGACGUCCUCUCUCCAUUCUCUCCAUCACAUCCAGCCCCACCCUCCGACCCUUCCCACCAGAUAAGCCCAGACCUGACGUGGGAUAUCAAAAGGGAACACGACGUUAGGAAACCAAAGGA